UAUUUUAUUUUGACAAUCAAAGCAAUGAACAGCUGUGGCACAUUCUUUCGUAACAGAGUUGCUUCUGUUUAUUAUAUUUGCCAAUAAAGUUAAUAAAUAUUCAGUUAAAUGUAAGCAUGAAGUGCGAAUUAUGCGGUUCAAGUCGUCGUGACAGUAUUAAAUAUGGCGAGUUUCUGACAAAAAAGGGAAAAGGCGUGCAUACCAAUUGCUUGUAUUUAUCUUCUGGCAUUGUACAAAAUGGUAAAGAUGACGAAGGAAUUUUGGGAUUUCUACCAAAAGAUAUUGCGGCAGAAAAAAAACGAGUAUCAACUAUUCGAUGCUGUUAUUGCGGAGAAGUUAUGGCCAACAUAGGAUGUUGUGAAAGGCGCUGUCACUUAAAUUUUCACAUGAUUUGUGGCAUAGAAAAUGGGGCCAUGAAUCAAUUUGUUAAUAGUUUUCGUUCUUUCUGCCAUCGACAUGUACGCAAAAUUAAUUAUCGCCCAAAAACAGACGAUAAGUGCUGUAUAUGCUUUGAAAAAAUCUUCAAUGAAAGCACUCGCUUCAGUGUGGUCAAUAUGAUACGUGCACCAUGUUGUCGGAAUGGUUGGUUUCACAAAUACUGUCUACAACAAUUUGCUAAAAAUGCAGGAUAUUUUUUUAAAUGUCCGCUUUGCAAUGAUAGUACAAAGUUUAAACAGAAUAUGUCGCUGAGUGGCAUUUUCGUGCAAAACAAAGAUGCGGAGUGGGAGAUGGUUCCCAAUGCGUAUGCCGAACUGCUUGAGCGACCGAGUGUAUGUGCGGCCGAAACCUGCCAUAACACAAAAGGACGCGGUAAAGCGCAAACCUCAAAUAAUCCAUUCGUCUAUUGUGAAACGUGCGGUUCUGUAGCAAUGCAUCUUCAUUGCACCCCUCAACGCAGCCGUACAUUUGAAUGUGACAAUUGUAAAAGCAUACUGCAUGCUAAUAGUGGCCUGGAAGCGAUGGAGGCACACCGUCAGUUUAUAGAACCAACGGACGGUGAUGAUGCAGAUAAAAGCGAAGAUGAUAACUCAGAUAUAGAUGUGUGUGGCAGUAUUAGUGAGGAAGAAGUUGAUAAUGUAAUAACUCAACGAGCAUAUAUUGAAAAUGAAAAUUCAACACAAAUAAAGGAACAUGUUGACGGUUUGAAUUACUCUGAUGAUACUACGAUUGAAUGCCAAAUGCAACUUGCUUAUUUGUGCAGCGAUGAUGAAAUACAAGUGGAUGCUGUUGAAGAGCAAGAAAAUGUCAUUAAUAUGCAGGACGCAGUCGAGCACAAAGUGCUUGACGUUAAUGCAACCAUUGUCGACGCAGCCAUUAAUAGUGCAGAAAGCCAGGACAGCGAAGAAAAUUAUGCUUCAAAUAUUUCAUGUGUUGCACAACGUACACGACGGAAAUCUGUUGCGACGUAUAUACCCGCGUUUGAGGAUCAAGUAGAUGAGGAUAAUAAAUCCACAUCCUCAUAUAAGUCCUCCGAAUGCUGUCAAGUAUUUGAGUAUGAUGACGGUAGUGACGCAGCUAACGAUAAUACGAAGAACCAUGUGUGUAGCACAGAUCUAUCGAAUGAGAAAAUAACAAAUCCUUUAGAUACAAGCUGUAUAGCGAAUCGCACCCGUCGCCGAUCCAUGAAAAAAAUCGAAGUUAAAUCAGAAGAGAAAAAUAUUUGUGAGGAUAGUGAUACCUAUGAAUACAUUACUGUAAGCUCACACAACUCAUACCAACCGAGCCAAGGCAGUACAUUUAAGUCUGAAUGUUAUGAAGGCUUGGACAACCAAAAUGGUCAGCAGAAUGGAAAUGGUGAGAAACAUGGUAAUAAUUUAAUGACUUACUUCUAUCAACUGUUAAAUGAAGUAAAGUCCAAUCCGCAAACUAAACAUACACAAACCGAAAAAAACAAUGUUGAAAAUGUGGAUGAGAUUGAAGUCAAAUCGGAUCCAUUAAACACAAGCUGCAUCGCGAAACGCACGCGCCGACGAUUGAGUUCUGUAAAUGUAAUUGAUACAAUUAAAGAAAAAGGCGAAGAAGCACAGGACUCAGAAACCACAACCAACAGUGUCACCAGUUCACAGGAUUCAUACAAAUCUUCUAUGUGCUUUGGUAGUACCACUGAACAUCAAACUGCAGCUAAUACUGACUGCCCUGAAACUGAUACUGCCAGCAUAGUAAAGCGAACUCACAGUCGUAAGCGCAGUCAUGACAGCGCAAUCGAAAACGCAACUGUUUACGCACAAACCAAUACUAUUUGCAAAAAUAGAGCAUUAACGUCGAAUGAUAUACGCCCAGCUUCCAGUAAUGUGCUAACAUCGCCCGCUUUCAGACGUGGUCAGAGAAGAUAUCUUCCUUCGCGUCGUUUGAUAGAGAGUGCAGAUAUGUAUAAAACACACAAAUCGUUGCUGGGACGCUCUCCAGUAACCAAAUAUGAAAACUGGUCAAAUAUAAAAGAAUCCAGCGCAGCCUACUUCACACCAAAUUUUAUACGCGUUAAUGGAAAGUUGAAAAGCGCUUUGAAGGAAAGCGCUCAACAGCAAAAAAAGCCCCGACAAACAGCUGCUGCGCAGACACAUUUUUCACGUAGUUAUCAGCUGCUUUUAGAAUGCAAUGAAAAUCACUACGCUAGUACAAGUGCUAAUGCGCAGCGCGUUUAGACAAGCAUCAUCCCACUGAUGCAAUGCAAUUUUAGUUGUAUAGUUUAUUAAUUUAGAAUUGUAAGAAUUCAUUAUAUGGCUAAUUAUUAAAGCGGUUAGAUCCUGAGGCAAAAAAAACGCGUUAUUGAGUAAGAAGCACUAUUCACAUUUCGUUCAGAGUAUCAGUACAUAUAAACAUCUUGUUAAUUAGUAUACUUUUUUGCUUUAUAUGAUCCCACGAUUCUGUUAUAUGUAUAAGGUUUUGUCAAAGAAUUUUUACAUACACAUACCGUCAUUAUCAGCUGUUUUUUACGAUUAAAAAUUGUUUACACACUCACACCAUGAAAAAAAAAUAUUUUUUUUAGUAAUAACUGUAUACGAAUAGAUUGUAAAUCAAGAUUUUUCUUGCUCCGUAGUAACACAACCUGUAAAAAACUUGAAUCAUGAUGCAUAGAGGGUCAGAGUAUGUAAAUAUUUGUUACUUUUCCACUCUAUAUGGAUUCUUAAUUCAGUUAUAUGAGUUUUGUAUUAAAAUGUCAAAAUCGACCGUUUAGUUUUGUUUUUAUAGGUUUGUUUCUUAACUGCUAACUAUCACUAACUAGUACAUGCAUACUUAUGUAUGUUUAAGGUAUAUUCAAACCUUCAAGCCAAGUUUCUGCUUCAAAAACGUUCUUAACUCAAAAGACCAGCAGAAGAGAACGUAAGAAGCGGAUAGACCUGCUGGUUCUUGCUAGUAUAAAAUUGCUACUGCCAUAUAAUAAAGCAAAACCUCCUUAAUAAAAACCAUAAUUUGUCUAUUAGUUGUUAG